AUGGCACAAACUGGACUUCUAAUUUUUCUCCUCAUUAGCAUACUACUGCUGGAUCAAGCUACUGGCCAGGCUUCCAAGUUCAAAGCCAGAAAGCACAGUAAACGUAGAGUGAAAGAAAAGGACGGUGAUCUAAAGACUCAGAUUGACAAGCUGUGGCUAGAAGUAAAUUCCCUGAAAGAAAUGCAGGCACUUCAGACAGUCUGUCUUCGUGGAACAAAGAUCCAUAAGAAGUGCUACCUGGCAUCAGAAGGUGCCAAGCAUUUCCAUGAAGCCAAUGAAAACUGCAUAGCCAAGGGAGGGACACUGGCUAUCCCCAGAGAUAAUGAUGAAACCAACUCCCUUCAAGACUAUGGCAAGAAAAGUCUGCCAGGGGUUGCAGACUUUUGGCUGGGUAUCACCGACAUGGUAAACGAAGGGAAAUUUGUUGAUGUCAAUGGAAUGGUUCUAAACUAUUUCAACUGGGAUCGCUCCCAACCAAAUGGGGGAAAGCGUGAAAACUGUGUCUUGUUUUCCCAGUCAUCUCAAGGCAAGUGGCGGGAUGAAGUCUGCCGUACUGUCAAAAGAUAUAUUUGUGAAUUUCUGAUCCCGUAAUUCCAUUACCAUUACCUGCACCAAUAUUUGGUUAUUAAUGUGCAGGUUUUGCAUGUUAGUAGUUCCUUCCAUUUACAGUGGUGAAUUGAAAAUACUUAUUGAAAUGCACAUCUCCCACAAUACACACACCUUGCCCUAAGGCAGGAAUUUUCUUUAUUAAUUUAUUUUCCAUUCAACUGCUAAAAAGGUUGUGUUUACUGAGGUCUCUCUCUCACCAUGCAACUGUCGCAUAUGCUGUAUGUGAGUAUACAUAAUGUUUUGUUUUGAGAUGUAUUGCAUCAUAUUUUGCCAUAUCUCACAGUCUGAUGUUCAUGUUAUCAACAUCGUAAAGUCAAAAUCCAUCUUUCAGACCCACACUACAUAUCUCUAUAGGUUAGUGUUUGCUUGAACCCCAGGCAGAACUCUGGUCAAUAUUUAUGAAAGUUCCAUACAUGGAACAUUCACUAGAGGGUGAAGUUUGCCAACAUGAGGCUACGGAAGCUUAAGUAGAACUUUAGUGGUGUAUAAACCUCUGCAAAUGCAUGGAAUUCAUCUGCUGGAGCUCAACAAUGUAGUACUGAGAUAAGAUUUUGAUCUAAAGGAAGAAAAAAAUGAAUAGAAGCUGAUAUUAUUCUGAAAGAUUAUAGAGUUAAAAAGGACACAUUCCUAGAAAGUGGGGGAAAUAUUCCCACUAGUGAUCGAGACAUCAGCCCAGCUUGAAAUGUUUGCUUCCACUCAGAUUGAUUUUAUUAUUUUUAAGUGUAAAGCAUGUCAUUCGGAAUGUUCUUCUGCCCAUUUGGAAGUGCAACGUCGGGGCUAGAUCAUGCUUUCAGCUUGCCAUCCAUAAUAAGGGGCAGUGCACAAACAUACCACCCAGAGGAGCAGUAUGCUCAAAGACAUAUUGCCUUGUAGCACGCCCUGGUUGUAAUGUGGGGGAGUAAUUUGUGACACCCCCCCCCUUUGCAGGGUGCAACAUGCUAGUGGCAGACCAGCUCCGUUGACCUGCAUAUAGGGAUAGGCGGAGCCAUGGCUUCAUCUGCUCCUUCACACACCCCUCUCAAUUGCUCCUCCAGGGCCAUAUCUAGGGUACAGCCUCUGCACUCCACUCAAGGACGAGCAUGGCAAUUAACACAGCCCCAGUGUGGAACAAAGAGAGAAGGACUCUUUGCUCCUACCUACAUUUCUAUGAGCCUCAUUAUCCAGGGGACAAUCUAGCCUCAUGAAACGCCAGCUGUGAAAAUCUUUUGUAUGUACUGGUCAUUUGGAAAAUAUUGUCCUUGUGCUUCUACACUGGCUUGUUUACAUGCAAAUGCAAGUUAAGCACCUGAUGUUUGGAAGUGGAGGAAUUACACUGUUUAUUUUUUGCUAUUCUUAAUCUUUCAAAAGAACUGUGAAUAGUAAAUAAAUCCUAUACAUUUAGAGAAACAAUAGAAAAAAAGAAGCCAGCCAUAUACUUUGCUUUGCAUCAUCCAAGUAUGCUUUAUUUUAGUGGUAUAUACAAUGCAGUUUGAAAAUAACCUCUUGCAUCCUAGAACCUGAAUUCUGUUACUUGGAGGUCAACUCUUGGUUUCCCUUUUAA